AUGGAUGAAAAUGAUGCAAAUGAAUCUGUUAGUGCAGACGGUGACCGUGAGAAUAACGAACGAAUAAAAAAAAAACGAACUGCAUCAUCAAAGGGAGACGCUGGUGUUUCGGAGAAGCGGAAACGUGCCCAACCGAACAGGCUCGGAGUCGAUAACGGUAAUAAGGACCACUAUUUUGCAGAAGACAAUUUGCUUGAUGAUGACGAAGAAUGGGGAACACAAUCUUCCGGAUCUGAUUGGGAAUGUGAAUCUGAACCAAACGAGAGUGAUUCAUUCAAAGGCAAUGAACUUUCGAAAUCGGAUUUCAAUUUUUCAGUCAAACAGAUUUCGCGAAUUGAAGCCAAAAUCAAUCAAAUUCAAGCAGUUGUUCUGCAAAUUCAGCGGUUGUGCAUUUCUUCAAAAGUUGGUCGUGAGUUUUCCGGUGUCCAAACAAGUUUUGAUGAAUUGCCAUUGGGGACUGUAUCAUCUUUAGACGAAUUUAAUGCCAAAUUGGAUGAGUCAUCCUUUCGGAAGCAGGCUUUCGAGCAUUUGGCAAUGAUAAAUGGCGUUUGUGGUGAUAAAACCGGAUCGAAAAUUAUUCGGUCAAUUGUAUUUGCGACGGUUUCUCGAAACAUUCUCGCUCAAUACACUUGGACGGGAAAAUCAAGUAAACAGAACACCAAAUUGGACUUCGUUUCAAAGAAAAAUAUGAUUCAAUUGUUCUUUGAUGUCGUACGAGUAUACGACCCACGAUACACGAGAGCUGAAUGCGAAGACGAUCUUAAAUACAAAAUUUUCAAAUACGUCUACAAACAAGUAGCGCCUUCGACACUAGUGGUAACGAAUACAGAAAAUUCAGUACCACAGUCAUCAACACAAAAUCCCCCUCCAAACGCAUCACCAACCGAUCCGCAAUACACCACCUUGCAACCAAGACAAAAUGUCGACCCGCAUCAAAUGCAUCCAUAUGCAUAUCCACCUCCAUAUGCCCAGCAACAUCUCACUGGAUCUCAACAUGCACCCCCCAAUCCAGCUCAGCAUGCAAUUGUCACUGGAUCUCAACAUGCACCCCCCAAUCCAGCUCAGCAUGCAAUUGUCACUGGAUCUCAACAUGCACCCCCCAAUGGACCUCCGCCUGGAACAUUCGCACCAUACACCAAUUAUACAUAUUCGUAUUAAUUGCACCUCAAGUGUUUAACUUAGAUGAAAAAACCUUUUGAUACACCUUCAUUUUUUGAUGAUAAUUUGAAGUAUUUAAUACCAAAUUCAAUUUUUUCAUACCCAAUUGUUUUAAUGCAACCAAAGCAACAAACAUCUGUAGAGAAAAUUGACUUCUGAAAUUCCUAUAUAUACUACAUAGUCCAUGGAAUGUGUUAUAUAUUGUAAUGUCUUUUGCUAUUUUAUACCAAUUUCAAAUUCAUUUUUUGGACUAAUUUGCUAGAACAAAAUUACUCUAAAUCCAAAUGCAGCGAUAUCAAAAUGAAAGAUUUCAAGUUAAACAUUUAACGUACAAUUACCUCGAAGAAAUAUGUUGCAAUUGA